AUGCCGUAUUUGGCAGAGUUCCGUGGAGAACAGCUAGAUGCACUCCAAGCGGAAUUUGUUGUUAAAAAGUGUAAAAGUGACUUCCGUAAGAGGCUUUUGGAUAGGGCGGCGGUUAUUCAGAAAAGGUUAGAAGAGGAACAAGAGGCAUUGAAAAAACGGCGUGCUCAAAUUCAACGUCGCGGUGGUCCUGAAGUUCAGCAAGGGAGAGCUGAAUCUGAUUUCGAACAGUACCAAACUUUGGCUAUGUUCCGGUAA